AUGGGUGACAUUAACCUCCAAGACCUCAGCAGCAAGAUGCAGGCGCUUCUUGACGCCUUUGAAGCACACCCCGAGUGCCAGCCUCCCAACACCAACCCCACAAUCUUCUUCGUCUAUGACUUCGUCCGCAACACCCACAACCAGUUGAAGAAGGUCGACGCCGCCAAGUUUGCUGCCGGCGACAGUGCCGCUGUCGGCGUUGUCAAUGAAGCCCGAGGCCGCAACAACUUCGCUUCCCUGCUCAUCAAUGAUACCUCUGGUAAGAUGGCUUUGAUGACUGGUGGCGACCCCUCCAACCCCGCAGACUUCGGGGCGGAGGUUAAGGCUCGGGCGGCUGAUUUGGCUUAA